CAGUAGAUGUGACCACAUCCCCAUGAGAGCUGAGGAAUAUUUUGAUCCCAAGUUUUACUAUUCAAUUCGAGUGCUAGAGCAAAUUCUACUGCCCCUGAAAUCAGAAGGCACACAGCUUUUCUGGAAGCGAUUGCAUGUCUGUUCUAUGGUGAUGUGAAACUUGAUAUUAGGCUAAAUUGAUUGUAUUUGUUUAGGCUUCUUGGUAUCUCAUCUCAAUCGUUGUGCUUUAGCAAAAAUAUUCUUUUACAAAGUACCAUUAGGCUUAGAUAAAUUUCUGGAAAGCAAUGGAAAAAGAUGAUAUCUACACGAAAGAUGGGACAGUGGAUUACAAGGGAAAUCCUGCUAACAAGAAGGAAACAGGAACCUGGAGAGCCUGUCCAUUUAUCAUAGGAAAUGAAGGGUGUGAAAGAUUGGCAUACUAUGGGAUGAGCACCAAUCUGGUGCUUUAUUUCAAGCAUCGGCUGAAUCAGCAUAGUGCAGUUGCCACUAAAAAUAACCAGAACUGGGGUGGAACAUGCUACAUCACACCAUUAAUUGGAGCAUUUCUGGCUGAUGCGUAUCUAGGAAGAUAUUGGACAAUUGCCUGUUUCUCAAUCAUCUAUAUUUUUGGAAUGACACUUUUAGCAUUGUCUGCAUCAGUCCAUGGCAUAAGGCCAAGAUGUUAUACAAAAGAUAGCUGCGAUCCAACAGACACACAGAGCGCUAUGGCCUUUCUAGCACUUUACCUGAUAGCACUAGGAACAGGAGGAAUUAAGCCUUGCGUUUCAUCAUACGGAGCUGAUCAGUUUGAUGACACGGAUGAAAAAGAGAAGAAACACAAGAGUUCUUUCUUCAAUUGGUUCUAUUUUUCCAUAAACAUUGGUGCUCUUAUCGCUGCUUCUGUGCUGGUGUGGGUACAAGAUAAUGUGAGCUGGGGGUGGGGCUUUGGCAUCCCAGCUAUCGCCAUGGCAAUAGCUGUCUGCUUUUUCUUUUCAGGUACUCGUUUGUAUCGAUACCAAAAGCCUGGAGGCAGCCCUCUCACACGCCUCUGUCAGGUGUUGGUGGCAUCCAUCAGGAAAUAUAAGGUUGCAGUACCUGCUGAUAAGUCUAUUUUGUAUGAGACGGCAGAUGCGGAGUCCAAUAUCAAAGGAAGCCGCAAGAUUGACCACACAACAGAUCUCAGUUUCUUUGACAAAGCGGCAGUGGAAACUGAAAGAGACCACAUAAAGGGCUCAAACCUGUGGAGACUUUGCACAGUGACACAAGUUGAGGAGCUGAAAGCUAUAAUUCGGUUGCUCCCAAUAUGGGCCUCUGGGAUCAUCUUUUCCACCGUGUACAGUCAGAUGGGCAACUUAUUUGUGUUGCAAGGUGAAAGAAUGGAUACUCGCGUCGGUCACUCUAAAUUCAGGAUCCCACCAGCAUCGCUUUCCAUCUUCGACACCCUCAGUGUGAUAUUUUGGGUGCCAAUCUAUGACAGAAUCAUUGUCCCAGCGACAAGAAGAUUCACUGGUCACAAGAAUGGCCUAACUCAACUUCAGCGGAUGGGCAUCGGCCUCUUCAUAUCAAUAUUUGCCAUGGUAGCUGCAGCAUUUCUGGAGCGCGAAAGACUGAAAAUGAUCAGAAGGCACAACUACUAUGAGCUAAAGGAAAUGCCCAUGACAAUAUUCUGGCAAGUGCCACAGUACUUCCUCAUUGGGUGCGCAGAGGUUUUCACAUUCAUUGGACAGUUGGAGUUUUUCUAUGAACAAGCACCUGAUGCAAUGAGGAGUUUCUGCUCUGCUCUAUCACUCACCACCGUUGCUCUCGGUAGCUACUUGAGCUCUCUGCUUGUGACUAUUGUUACCAGUGUGACCGCUAAGGAUGGGAAGCCCGGAUGGAUACCAGACAACCUAAACUAUGGUCACGUUGAUUACUUUUUCUGGCUCUUGGCAGCACUGAGUGUGCUAAAUUUAGCUGUUUUUGUCUGGAUUGCGAAUUGGUACACCUACAAAAGGGCAGUGGGAACUCUUCGUUGAUUAUUUCUAUGGUGGCUUGUUCAAAGCAACUGUAAAUUAUUCACUCGCUGGUUGCGAAAAAUUAAGGAAUGUUCCCCCUUAUUAUGUAUGAAAUAUGGUCGCUUCAUGUCAAUGUUUCAAAAUAAUGGGUGAAAAAGUUGAAGAGUAUAUGUUAUGACAGAACAAGGUGAAAACGUUGAAGAGUAUAUGUUAUGACAAAAUGUAAGCAAAAAUCAUUUUAUUAC